AUGGCCGACUCAACGGACGAUGGAGCUAAUGCAGUUUCAGAGCCGCUCGACCUUGUGCGUCUGUCCCUCGACGAGAUUGUCUUUGUCCGGCUUCGGGGUGAUCGCGAGUUGAAGGGCAGGUUACACGCAUACGACAGUCAUUGCAAUCUCGUGCUCGGCGAAGUCGAGGAGACAAUUUAUACCUUUGAGGAGGAAGAGGACGGCGAGGAGACGGUCAAGACGACCAAGAAACAAUCAGAUAUGCUCUUCGUUCGAGGAGAUUCCGUCGUGCUCAUCUCCCCUCAGCCAGCAUCGUGA